AAGCAAUGUGAAAAAUUCGUUUGGGAUGUUCUUUGUGCAAUGGCAUCUGCUCAACGAGUUUCAAAUUUCGAGGGAGAAUUAGCAGAUCUCGCCACUUUGCUGAAAAACAAGUACCUACUAACUAUCAGACGAGACAAGGUAUUCGAAGAUUUUGUGGAGUUUCUCCGGAAACCAGAAGGCGAAAUAAGCCGAUUUGAGGUCAAGUUCACAAUCGACGGGUGGACAGAACCGGCCACUGAUACAGGGGGACCUCGAAACCAACUGUUUACCCUAUUUUAUCAGGAAUGUAUGGCUCCUGAAAGACGCAUGUUCCAAUAUAACGAGAAGGAACUAUUUCCGAUUGACAAUAAAGCUGCUUUAAAGGGACGUUGGUUCUUCUGUCUAGGCCGUGCAAUAGUGCUCUCCCUUGUGCAGCAGGGCGCUGGCUUUCCCUAUCUAGCACGAUGUUGUUUCGAGAAAAUUGUAUAUAAUCAGCACACCAAGGAACAUCAGAUUAUUACAAAACUACACCAGAAACUAGCCAAGGCCCAAAAUGAAGCCAAAACAGAUGAGGAACUACUCCAGAUGUUGGGUGACAGCGAGAUUAAAAUGCUACUAGCAGAGAUGAAAUUAACAGGACGAGAGACGAAACAAUCAGAAACACAGGUUCUCUUAAAGAACUUUAUCAGACUACACCAAGGUAAAGAGGCUCUCGCACAGCUUGUAGAAGGUCUACAAAGUCUGAGAUUUCUUGACAAGGUCAGAAAAUUUGACAGUGACCUUAAACGUUUCUUAGUUCCAAUGGAUGCCUAUCUCGUGGACAGUGUGUUCAUGCGAAUGCAUUUGCUUGACUCGUUAGUAGAACUGAAGGCUAAAUCCGAAGCUCAAAUCAAUGUCAAGGGCUGGGCCGCCUCUUGUCUGACCAUCCUGACAGACGAGGAAGCUCUCAAUCUGUACGAGUUCAUUACGGGCAUGCGAUCUCUUCCACCAGGAGAGUGUGACAUCAUGGUGGACUUCAAUGUUCAAAAUACGUCAGACAAACUUCCACGUGCAAUAACAUGUGCAUGGCUGUUGUUGUUACCACUCGGUAACGAAUCGGACAAGGAGUUUAUACGAUCAUUCAAAACAGCACUCAAUAAUCGGACAGAGUUCGGGAGAAUUUGAUUAUUGUUUUUAAAUAUUUCACCCUGGUGUGAUGAAACAGAUUACUUAAAACUUUUUUAAAUCCGUAUAGUUAUCAGUGACAUAAUUCAUGUUCUUGUCUCAAUAAACAACGUCUUUCCAACAUAUUUUAUCAAAGCAACAUAUGCUUUAGGCGACGACACCGUAAUGUGUAAUGGACGAAACCGUAGUGUUCAUCAUACCUGUGACUUGAAUAUACAAAAUUAAACCUUUUCUUGGGCCGAUGAUUCAUCAGUGGUCUGUUGGCCUUGAGUUAUAAUCGUCAUCGGAUAUCUAUCAAUGUAAGCUUGAAAUGCCACGAAGAGAUCAGUGUUGUACAAUACGUAAUGCUUCACAUGACGG